AUGGUAUAUUUCGGGGAAAGCUUAAUCGGCAUAGCUUCAGAGUGGUAUAUGGAUCAGGACAUAUCUCGAUGGCACAUUUGGGACGAUCUUGCCAGAGAUUUUGUUCGACAAUUUCAGUACAACAUAGACAUUAGACCGGAUAGGAAUUCUUUGACAAAUCUAAGGAAAAAGCCCUCAGAAAGCUUCAGAGAAUAUGCCAUUAAGUGGCGUGAACAAGCAUCAAGAGUGAAGCCUCAAAUGGAUGAGGUAGAGAUGGUCACUAUCUUCCUGCAAGCCCAAGAGCCCGAUUACUUCCAGAAUAUGAUGUCGUCCAUGGGAAAGCCUUUCGCAGAAGCAAUUAAAAUCGAGGAAAUGGUAGAAAAUGGUCUGAAAAUGGGUAGAAUCUUGAGCCAGUCGGCCAUAAGAGCGACCUCCCAAGCCAUCCAAGGUGGGUCUGGAGGAAUGGCCAAAGGGAAAAAGAAAGAAGAAACGGUCAUGGCAGCGUCAGGAGGAAGGAGAUACCGGGAUCAUAGACCGGUGUUCUCCGAAAGAACCCCUCAACACCACUAUCCUCACAAUGAUAUGGCCUAUGCUCCCUCACCUUAUGCGGUCAUGAAUGCUCAACCUUUCGGCCGACCGCAACCACAAGCCAACCGAAAUCCACCUCCAUUCCAAAGAAACCAACCUCCUUACCAGAACCAAUAUAAUCCCCGACCACCACAAAAUAACUUUCGCCCCCGGGAACCACCCAGGAGACCCAACUUUACACCAAUCGGUGAACCCUACUCCACCAUGUUCCCUAAUCUUGUCCAGAUGGAUCUGCUGCAGCCUAUUCCCCAAAACAGGCAGAAUCCAGAAUCUCCAGCUUACCAACGAGGUGUCCACUGUGCUUAUCAUUCAGGAGCUGAGGGGCAUAGUACUGAUAACUGCUGGACCUUGAAGAAAGCUGUGGAAAAUUUGAUUGAACAAGGAAAAAUAGUGUUGAGGGAUGAAGAAGCCCCGAAUGUGACAAAUAAUCCAUUGCCCGCUCAUAACAACGGGCCGGUAAUCGGGAUGAUCUUUGAAGACAAAGAGUUUGAUCCCGCCUUGAAAGCUAUAAUUGCUAUUGCUGAUGCAGAAAGAAAGCCUAAAGCAACCCUGAAGCAGGAGAAAGGGGAAAAAAAGACUAAAACUGUCAAGAUUGAACUUGAAAAGAAGGUUGAAACAAAGGCAGAGAUGGCGCCUCCAAAAAAUGAAGUUCUCUAUAUUCCGCGAGGUCACCAAGAAAAGCCGUUAGUAGUGGGUAUUUCAAAGAAAUUUGAAGUGAAAAAGGGAACACCAACGUAUGUGCCAAAAGGAGACUAUGUGGUCCGAGGGACGAUUAAACGGCCUCGACUGAAUGAGCCAGUGAUUAUCGGACGCGUGCCACAGAAGCCAAUAACGGACCCGUCUGCGGUGCCAUGGAAUUAUCAACAGACGUUGGUUACAUACAAAGGUAAAGAAAUCACGGGAGAACUUCCGGGAAAUACUUUCGCUGGGAAAAAUUCAGAUGUACAAGAAGUGAACAAUGCCAUACAAAAGCGCUUUCCACCCAAGAAGCCUGUAAGUGCUGAGGAGGCAGAGGCUUUCUUCCAGAAAAUGAAGAUGCCUGAUUAUGAAGUGGUGGAUCAGUUACGCAAGUACCCUGAACAAGUGUCUAUGCUAUCUUUGUUAAAGAGAUCUGCCGAGUAUCAGAAGACCCUAGUAAAAACUCUGAAUGAGGCGUAUGUGCCUGCUGAGACUUCAGUUGAACAACUCGAAAGAAUGGCAGAAAGGUUCUUUGCUGUUAGUCAAAUUUCCUUUAGUAAGAACGAUUUGCCUCUAGAGGGAGUGGCUCACAACAAAGCUUUACAUCUGACUGUCAAGUGUGAAGGUUUUUAUGUCAAGCGAGUAAUGGUGGAUGGGGGUUCAGGUGUUGACAUUUGUCCACUCUCUACACUGCAGAGAAUGGAGAUCGGGACUGGAAAGAUUCGUCCCAAUAACAUCUAUGUAAGAUCCUUUGAUGGCAUUAAAAAGGAUACCAUCGGAGAGAUAGAUCUGGUAUUAACCAUAGGCCCGGUGGAUUUCGAGGUGACCUUCCAAGUGUUGGACAUGGAUACAUCUUACAACUUUCUUCUAGAAAGGACUUGGAUCCAUGCCGCAGGGGCUGUGCCCUCCACCCUUCACCAAAUGGCUAGGGAAGGAAGUGAACACAUUGUUUAUCAGGCUUUCGAAGUUGUAGUGGCGGAUCAGUACGAAGAAGGGAGCCCUUGUCCCCAACCUUUCCUAUCUAAUGCUUCGAUCAUGGUGGCAAAAGCGAUGGUCAAAUAUGGUUUCAAGCCAGGAAAAGGAUUCGGAAAAGCUCUACAAGGAAUAUCGGAGCCAAUAACCCUAUCCACAACAGAAAAGUUUUUCGGGAUAGGUUUCAACCCUACCCCAGAAGAUGAAGAUUGGGCAGAUGAGAGGAAAAGGGAAGGAUGGGUCUUGCCACAACCAUUGCCACAUCUAUAUCAGACCUUUGUCAAUCCAAAAUACAGCGAGAAUGGAGAUCACGAGGCCUUCACGGCCGAAGAAAUCGAAGAUAUAUGUGGAUCUAUGAGGCAAAUGCUUUAUGAAACCAACAUGGUUCAGCUAGGGGAAGGUACUAGCAUCGCGGAGGUGCUCUACAUGGGACCAGAUGCUAAACUCCAAAAUUGGAAGGCUACGCCAUUCCCGAUCAGGCAGGAGUCCAGGUAG